CUCCAUAUAUGAGAGGCACGAGCCUUGCACGCGCGCGCACAGCAGCACAGGGCUGAGACCUGCAGCAUCAUCAUCAUCAGCAGCAGCAGCAUCAUCAGCAGCAGCAGCAGCAGCUUGUGUAAGGUAGACUGACCUGCAUCACACUUUGAAAGAUGUCUGAUGAUAUCCAGUUCAAGGAGCUUGACAAGCGUGCAUCUGGCCAGGCCUUUGAGGUUAUCCUGGGUGCUCCUGACCCUGAUGCCAAGGGAGAGUUCCCUCUGUCUGCCCCCAAGAAGAAGGACGUCUCACUGGAGGAGAUUCAGAGGAAGCUGGAUGCUGCAGAGGAGAGACGCAAGAACCAUGAAGCCGAGGUCUUGAAGCACUUGGCUGAGAAGCGUGAGCAUGAAAAGGAAGUGCUACAGAAAGCCAUGGAGGAGAACAACAACUUCAGCAAGAUGGCUGAAGAGAAGCUCAACCAGAAGAUGGAGGCCAACAAAGAGAACCGCACGGCACUCAUGGCAGCGAUGAAUGAGAAAUUCAAAGAGAAGGACAAGAAGCUUGAGGAGGUCCGCAAGAACAAAGAAGUCAAAGACCCCAACUCAGAAGAAGGCACCUCGGAAGGCUGAAGGUUCGAACAGGGGCUCGUGUACAGGGUUUUUUAUGUAUCCAAAGAUUGAGUUUUUUGUUUUUGUUGUUACUUUGGUCACUACUCACCUUUUUGAACCACUUUUUCAAUUCUCCUGCUCUUAAGUGUUCUCGCGCUCACUCUACAUUAGACGCUAGAUCAUUUCCUGUAGCUUUUUUGAAAACUAGCAGUGUAUCGUAUCCUUGUUGAAGCAUGUUUCUCUUAAUCCCUGUCUGCUGUGAACCACAGUGGUUCUGGGCUGGAUGUUGGAUCCAGGUGCGGGCUGUUCUACACGCAGCUUUGCCUCCUGACCGCUCCUUUACUCCUGCAGCUCGUGUUUUGUGUCACUGCUGAUUUGCUUUUGUUAAAAAAAGAAAAAAGAAAAGGUGCAGUUGUUUUUAAAAGCACGCGACGUCUUGCUGUAGAACUGUGAAUGAUCGUGGGAUGCCAUCAUGCAAAUGAGUGACUAGGUGGAGUCCACCCUUGGAAAGAGCAAUACACUUCGGCAUCUCAGUAGAUACAGUGUUUCCUUGACUCAAACUGUUGUACUAAAACAAAUAAAACAAAUCUAAAGCACA